AUGGCAAGAAAGGAUCACCGGAUAAUCAUUCAUUUUGUUAGUCAGCUCCCUGACGCAAUGAAAAAAAAAAAGGCUGUGCAGCAGAAACAAAUCAUCGUCACUUGCAAUUAUGAAGCUCGGCUUCGUGGUCUUAGUAAAUUGCAAUUAAUCAGUGAAGCCAAGAAAAUCUGUCCAGAUGUUGUGAUUGUCUUGGGAGAAGAAUUGGGCCGAUUCCGAGAUGCAUCAAAAAUGCUAUACAAACAUUUGGAAAAGUUUAGUUGGUCGGGAAAAGUUGAACGACUGGGAUUCGAUGAAGUGUUCAUGGACGUCACAGAUAUUGUCGACUACAACCAGAAACUACUCAAUCCAAAUGAUUUGACCCACUCGUUCCUUCAACUGGACCGUAAUGAUCCUACUGCGGGGUUUAUCUUUAAUGCGACGAGGGUUGCUGGUCACGGUUACCCCGACUUGCAGCCAGGCGACGAAGUAUCCUCCCAAUAUCUAUCGAAUUCGGCGGCCCCGAAUAGUGAUGCCGAAUUACUGACCCGGUUGAUUUUGGGUUCACACCUUGCCCAGUAUUUGAGAUUGAGUCUAGAAGAGGAAAAAGGCUACACUUCGACUGUUGGCAUAUCCACGAACAAACUUUUAAGCAAAUUGGUAGGCAACCUUCACAAACCAAAGGGACAAACAACUCUUCUUCCGCCCUAUGAAGUUUUGCCCAACGAUGAUGGACUACAAAGCAAUGCCACAACAUUCAUUGAUAGUCAUGACAUAGGUAAAAUACCGGGUAUUGGAUUCAAAAUGUCUCAACGUAUUCGGAACCAUGUUCUAUCACGUCCGGCCGACUUUGAAAGUGGACUAAUUUAUGGUGGCACGAAAGAAUCUGUUGCUGUCCGUGACGUGCGUCUCUUUGCUGGCAUGGGUCCUGAUACAUUGGAAAAAAUUCUGGGGGGAUCUGGGGCAGAGAGGGGUAUUGGAGGUAAGGCUUGGGGACUGAUCAAUGGUGGCGAUGACACGGAUGUAAAGGAUGCUCGAAAGGUGCCUUCCCAAAUAUCAAUCGAGGAUUCAUAUAUCAAGCUCGAUAACAUGCCUCGAUUAAUGGAAGAGCUUCGAAUGCUUACAACCAGUCUACUAAAUAGAAUGUAUCAAGACCUACUUGAGGACGAUGAAGAAUCCCAUGUACCAUCAAAAAGAUGGAUUGCUUACCCCAAGACAAUACGACUGUCUACCAGGCCUCGUCUUCCAUUGAAUGCAGAUGGCACAAGAACACGAAGCUUUAACCGGAUAUCGAGAUCUGGACCUCUACCAAAUCUUGUCUUCAACUUGAAAGAUGGUAUAGAUAGUAUUGUCGAGCGGUUGAUCCGAGAUACAUUAAUUCCCAUGUUCCGAAAAUUGCACCCGCAAAGAUCAGAUUGGAAUCUAAGUUUGGUCAACAUCGGAGUAACCAAUAUGGUUGAAGCCGCGAGUGAAGAUGGGUCUGGAGGCGGUAGAAACAUUGGUCUUAUGUUCAAGCGACAAGAAGCCACUCUCAAAGAAUGGAAAGUUGAGGACCGUGAUAUUCCACCUGACUUCGUUACAAAUAGGCGUGAGAAACCUUCAAGUGAGCUUAUUGAGACAGAGCGUAUCUCUAAUCCCACUACGGGCUCCGAGGAUGUAGUCUACAUCUCGCAAGAUACAGUAGACGAGCAAGAUCUUUGGGAGGAUGAAGAUGAGUUAGGCAGUCGUGAGAUCUGUCACGUAUGUGGUGUGAUGAUGCCCGCAUUUGCCAUGCCAGCUCAUCAACGAUUCCACAACCUGGAGGAAUGA